CUGGGGGUGGUGCCGGUGCUGCGGCGGUGGCGGUGGCGGUGGUGGUGGUGGUAGUGGUGGAAGGUUCCUGGCCGGCGCUGUGAGGAGGCUGAGGGAGACGGCGGCAGGGAGCGGAGCGAGCGGCCUGGGAGAUGGAGACGUCAGCAUCACCGCCGAACCACCGGCACCACCACCACAACAGUCGCCACAACAAUCGCCACAACAAUCGCAACAACCACCGUCGCCACCACCAGCAACCGCCAUCCCCUUCUCUCCACUCGCCACGACCACCGCCAUCACCGCCACCUCCCCCAUACUCGCCGGAGCCGGUGCCGCCGCCGGCGCCAUGGGAGAGGUUCGCCUCCAGCCCAAGGUGUGCAACCUCGCGGCCGAGGCCCGCGCCAUCCGCCAGGCCGGCGCGACUGAAAUGGAGCCGCAGCCGCAGCCGCAGCAGCAGCAGCAGCAGCAGCAGCAGCAGGCGGUGACUGACAGGGCGGUGGUCCUUGCGUCUCUCCUGGCAAGCGCCGGGCCGUCCGCCCGGCGCUACCACAAGAACCGCGCUCGCUCUCUGCACCAGGGCUUGGCCGGAGGCGGCGGAGGAGGCGGCGGAGGCGGCGGAGGCGGAGGAGGCGGCGGAGGCGGAGGAGGAGGCGGAGGAGGAGGAGGAGGCGCAGCGGCGGUGCAGUUGGCGGCACAGCUGCACUGGCGCCACGGGAAGCUGGCGGCGCUGCGUGGUUACGCGUUUGACGUCCCCACCAGCGUGGAAGGCAGCGAGGAGAGCGGCCGCGGUGGUGGUGGAGGAGGUGGAGCGGCCAGCAACAGGAGCAGCAGCUGUGGUCACAGUGAACGCCGCUACUACCACCACCACCACCACCGUCACCGCCCUCCCUCCAGCCGGUCGGCGCUGAACCUCAGGAGAGCCACGGCCAUCGCACCACCACCACCACCAACAACAACAACGACAACAACAACGGCACCACCAACGACAACAACAACAACAAUCGGCGACAACAACAAUUUAUCGGGCGACCACCAACACCAGCACCACCACCCCAACCACCACCACCCCAACCACCGUGCCCCCGCCACCACCUCAGUGACCCAGCGCCAUCGGAACCACAGGCAGCAGCAGCAGCAGCAUCAUCAGCAUCAUCAGCAGAACCAGCAGCAGCAGCAGCUGCAGCAGCAUCAUCAGCAGCUGCAGCAGCAGCCGGUGACGGCGGUGGCGGCUGUCAACUCCGAAUGCUACGGGGUGAACCUCGUCCUGGCCGCAGCCGGCGCCGGCAACUCGAGAGACUUCGCCGGUGGUGGCGGCGGUGGCGGUGGUGGUGGUGGCGGUGGUGCGACAAGCAAUGGAUGGUCGUAUCUCCGUACCGGUGCCGGUGGUGGUGGUGCCGGUGGUGAUGCCGGUGGUGGUGGUGGUGGUGGCGGUCUGUGGCGAAAUGAGACCACGGUGUGAGACGCUUCGCUCACACACACACAGUGUACACACACACACACAGUGUACACACACACAGUGACACACACACAGUGUACACACACA